AUCGUGACGCAGCUGCUUGUUUCCCGUACUCUCCUCUGCGCGCCGUGUUGUUGUUUUUUAAGGACCAACAUGGCUACCGCGAGUGGUGCAGGAGAAGACCUCAGGAAAGAGCUGUCGUGCUCCAUCUGUUUGGAUUUCUUCAAAGAACCCGUCAUAUUAAAAUGCGGACACAAUUACUGCCGCUGUUGCAUCCUCACGCACUGGGAGGAGACGGGCGACGUCUACAGUGGUUACCAGUGUCCCCAGUGUCGAGCGGUGUUCAACAAGAAGACCUUCACCAAGAACUACCUGGUCCAGAACCUGGUGGCCAAGGUGGAGGACUUUGAGUCGCUGAGCUCCUGUCCCCCACCCUGCAAACCGAUCAAAGUGGACGGCAAGUGUGAGCAACACGGAGAGGAGCUGAAGCUCUACUGCGAGACGGACCACAUGCCCAUUUGUGUAGUCUGCAGGGAGUCUAGAGCACACAGACACCAUGAGGUCGUCCCAGUGCAUGAAGUGGUCCACGACAUGAAGAUGGAGCUACAGCUGAGGCUGCUGGAACUGAACUGGCAGAAGUCGCGGUGUACCAGCGUCCGAUUGGAUGACGAGCGCACCAAGAACGAGUUAAAGCUGAGGAAGCAGCGUCUGAAGGAGAGGAUCGAGGCGGACGUCGGCGCGCUGGUGCAGUUCCUGCUGGACGAGCGCGACGCGCUGCUGGACGGCCUGGACGCCGAGGAGGUGGCCACCAACGCCGUCCUCGACGACAACCUCAAGACGGUCAAGGCCGAGGCGGCCGCCGUGGACGCAACCAUCGCUGACGUCAACGACCACAUCGCCGGGAAGACCAGCUUCGAGAGUCUUGCUCAGUCCUACAAUGAAGCCAUCCAAUGCAAGGACUUCCCCCCCCUGGAGGCGGUGAACUGUCCCUCGGACUGGACUGACUUCUCGGGGCCCUUCCAGCUCAUCGUGUGGAAGAAGAUGAUGCACGUGUUGCACACGAUGCCCCAGAACCUGACCCUGGACCCGGACACGGCCCACCCCAACCUGCUGAUCACGGACUUUGACACCAAGGUGGAGGAGGGCCGGGCCUGCGGCCACGAGCCCGACCUGCCGGCGCGCUUCACGCGCUUCUUCAGCGUGCUCGCCACGGCCAGCUACGCCGGCGGACAGCACUACUGGGAGGUGGACGUCAAGGACAAGGGCGUGUGGUACCUGGGCGUCACCACCGAGUCCAGCAACCGCAAGGGCUUCGUCAGCCUCACCCCGUCGGCGGGCUACUGGAGCCUGUGCCUCCAGGACCGGCUCUACGCCAACGGCGAGAACGGCCGCAUUCCCGUGGCGGACUACUGGAACUCGCCGCGCGUGGGCGUCUACCUGGACUACGACAACGGGCGCCUGUGCUUCUACGACGCCGUCACCAUGAAGAAGCUGUACAUGUUCAGCACGCGCUUCGAGGAGCCCGUCUGCCCCUUCUUCAGCCCCGGGAAGAACGACCCGGGGAGCCGACUGCAGAUCUGCCACUAUUACUGAGGGGGAGGGAGUCGGGGAGACUGCAGGUCUGUCACUAUUACUGAGGGGGAGGGAGGGGGGAGACUGCAGGUCUGUCAUUAUUACUGAGGGGGAGGGAGGGGGGAGACUGCAGGUCUGUCACUAUUACUGAGGGGGAGGGAGGGGGGAGACUGCAGGUCUGUCACUAUUACUGAGGGGGAGGGAGGGGGAGACUGCAGGUCUGUCACUAUUACUGAGGGGGAGGGAGGGGGAGACUGCAGGAAAAAUCGGCCGAUACGUGUAAAAAGCGCAAAUAUCGGCCGACCGAUAUAUUGGUUGAUCACUACUGCAGAUAUGCCACUUUCACUGAGGAGGAUGGAGGUGGAGACUUGAAAUAGGCCACUGUUACUGAGGGAGAGGGGGGGGAGAGAGAGAGAGAGGGGGGGGGGGAGAGAGAGGCUGCAGAUAUGCCACUUUUAGUGAGGGGGAGGGAGGGGGAGGCGGCUACGGACAUGUGCCAAUUUUACUAAAGGAUCGAGGGAAAGAGAGAGAGACUGCAGAUAUGCUACUAUUAGAGAGAGAGAGAGAGAGAGAGAGGUGCAAUAUGGCAGUAGCCUCUUUACCUCAAAUAAACCGGGGCAAUCCUUUUCAUGCGCUCGGUAAACUGCUGGGUUACUUCUGAGGUUUAAGCAACUGCUUGGUUUCACAAGACGUAUGAAGAGAGAAAUGUCAUUCUCUCUUAUUGCAAGACUGAUAUCGUUUUAGACCGGAAGACUGACGGCUGACUAACUGUGGCUGAGGUAAUGUGUUCAGCUGGGGUCUUCGUCAGUGUUGUCGGAAUGCAACCCUUUUUUGGGUCAAAUGUUAAAAUGUAUCUUAUUGAUCUCUUAAACAGACAAUCAUAUGUGUAACAUUUUUCCGAUUCGACCAUCUUUUUAUUUUUUGGCGGCCUGGACACUGAAUUUUGUGCUUUUACGCAAUAAUAUUCCACGGCGGCACAUAUAUAUUUAUCAGUUUUUAAGCCUUUGCGUUUACGUCACUGACGCCUUUAUUCUAUACGUUGUUCUUCGGAGCAGCAGUACUGCAAAUUAUCGAGUGUAUCCGUCUUGUGUUUGAAGAUCACUUUGCAAAUCUUAACAUGGCGUUCUCUAUGUGGAUCAAAAGCACAUUCUCAACCCGUCUCAGGGUAAAAAUGAUGACUCAUGUCCCAGUUUAUGGCUCGUUAUUUCCCAAUCCCUACUGGAUGAGUGUGAAUGUUUCAUACAAUCUAUACUGUUUUGGCUAUUUUGUUCUGGCCAAAUUUCUUUUUUUAGCUGAGUUAAGGAGAAGGUUUCCCUGAUUGUUUGGGUGACUGACAUGCCAAUUUGCUAUUGUGAUUGCUUUUAUGUUAUUUUAAUGCAUUGAAGUCUGAAUGUAUGGAAACAUCUAAUUUGGUUUUUAUAGAAUGUUGUCACAUUUUUGGACCUGUACAUGAAAGAUCGCAGAAAUAAGAGUUAAAUGUUGUUUUUUUCACGCAAUGUUAAUAAAUGACCCAGUCAUCAAUGUU